CUUGGAAAGGAUUCCUCCGUCGGGGAUAGAUAGAGCUGAUGAGGAGUGUGGUUGCCGGGGGUAUUUAAUACACCUGUGUAAGUCACUGACGUUCACCCACUAGUCUGAGCUUGAAGAGUUUUAAUACUUUGAAACGGUACACACUUCCGAAGUCUUUAUUCUACCUCAGCUCAGCAAUUUCUCGGCGGCGGAGCUGCUGUCCCUGUUGAAAGUCACGUCGUCAGUCAGAACAGAACGGUUGAACGAAAUACGGUUCGCAUUGGUGUUUGCUAAUGGAUCGAGGACACAUGCUCUGCGAUGCCCAGGGGACCGGCCUUUCUCGGAUCUUGCGAAGGAGUAUGGUGCUCUCGGACCGUAUCGGUGGUCCUCGGUUUCCUCCUGCGAAACUGGAGGAAACUGUCAGCAAUCCAUCUCUUAAAUGCAGCCAAAUGAGGAGGACUGAAAUGUACCCUCGAACUCCAAAAGUCACAUUGGCUGAGCUUAUUGAGAGGUACAACAGGGGUGAGACCCACGCUGUGACGGCCUUAUACCAGCUGUGCCAGGUGCAGCAGUUUCAGGUACAGCUCAGAGAGACCGUGACCACAGGUAAUGUUAGGGGUUUUUUGUUUGCCUUCUGUGCUGUGAUCGAUGGGGUGGAGUACAAGACUGGAAUGGGAAAGACAAAGAAGGAAGCACGUUCCAGAGCAGCCCAUCUGGCCCUUGAAGACCUCAUUCCAAAGCUGGAUCCUCAAGCAUAUGCACAUAAUGCCUCUGGUAAGAUCCUCUCACCUGUUUUUCAUUCUGAGAAAACAUGUAAAACACUCAAGUAUUUUACUUUUUUUUUUCCUCCCCCUCUCUGUGAACCAAAAGGGAAGAACAACCCCCUUAACGAGCUGAUCUUGGAGGCAGUGAAGGAAAAGUACAAUAAGCUCAUGGGUGGUUAUCCAGAGUUUUCCAGUUGUGGAAGCACCCUGGCUGCAUUUGUCAUUCAGUCAUGUACAAGGUUUGACGUUGUGGCUAUUGGAACAGGUGAUCAUAACACCCGAGAGACGGUGGCGUCUGAUGGGCGACUGCUUCACGAUGCCCAUGCACUCAUUACUGCACGUCGAUCUUUGAUGCGGUACCUAUACAGACACCUUCUGCUGUUCUUCAGUAAAAACCCUGUCCUAGUGGCAAAAUCAAUAUUUGAGCAGGAUGGGAAGACAAAGCUUCUUGUUUUGAAAGGGAAAACAACCAUCCAUCUGUACAUGAACCAGCUUCCAAAAGGAGCAGCCCAGAUGUCUUCACGCUUGUGUCUAAAACCUCUCUCCAUCUCCACCUGGGAGGUGAACAACCAGAUGGGUUUACACGUGGCAGUUGAGGGCAAUGUGUUCUCCACCUUCUCCUCUAACCUUGAUCAGAUGUCUUCUAAGGUGGUGAGCAUGUCGGCUAGUGACAAGCUCACCCAGUGGCAGGUGCUUGGCUUCCAGGGAGCCCUGCUGAGCCACCUUCUGGAGCCCAUCUAUGUCAACACCAUCCUCAUAGGGGAUACCAGCUGCAGUAACUUGAGAGGCUUGGAGUUUGCUUUGAACCAGCGGGUAGAUGGCAUCAUCUCCAAGCUACCCAUGUAUUACUGUGCGUAUCGAGCUCACGUUGGCCUGGUUCCAGCUGUGCACCCAACCAGCACUGGAGGUCAGCGAUCACUCAGCAUGAACUGGACCCAGGGCGACAUAUCAUUUGAGAUAGUGGAUGGCCUAGUAGGCCGCUCCACUGUGGACUCCCCAAACAAGAGCUGUUCUUCCUUAGCUAGCCGUCUUUGCAAAGCGGCAAUGCUUAGUCGCUUCAGCCUUGUGACCAAGGAGUCACAAAGAGUGGACCUCAGUAAGGCUGUGUCCUAUCGGGAGGCAAAGAUGAUGUCAAAGUCUUACCAAGAAGCAAAGAAUUUGCUCAAGUCUCACCUGAACCAGAAAGGCUAUGGUUCAUGGGUGGUGAAGUCUCCCAUCAGUGAUGGAUUCAGUGCCUGAUAGCAGACACUUGUCAAGGUCUGUGGAGCUCACCAGAGAAA